ACGUCACUUCCGGGUCUGUAACGCCGGGUCUAUUACUGUCCCGUUGAAAAAACCGGCCCACGUGUUCCGAUGACGACUUCCACUUCCGGCUCAAACAACUGCGAAAAAUGGCGGCCCCCGACGUGAAACAUGCGAUUGGUUUGCGGGAGAUUCCUGGAGGGUUUACAGCAAUUCCUAUUUGCUUCCAGAAAACCAGUAGAUCCCACCAUUACUUGUAUGUGAAGGAGCAUAAGGUUAGAACAGAAGUUCACACCACCAGACCACUCGACAGAACUCUGUUAGUUCUCAAUGUUCCUCCAUAUUGUGAUGAGGCUUGCUUGAAGAGGAUACUGUCUCCUUGUGGACAUAUUUGCUCAAUAGAAAUGAGGGAUAAACCUGGACCUGUAGAGAAGGAUGACUCUGAACAGUCCAAAUUCUUCAAAGCCCCACAGCCCCAGGGUUUCAGUGUGGCCUAUGUAGUGUUCAGAAAGGCAUCUGGUGUAGCAGCAGCCAAAAAGCUGCACCCUAAAAAACCAGUAGUGCUGUCCACCGAUGAUCAUCCAAUAAAAACCGGAAUCAAGAAGUGGAUUUCUGAAUACAGAGACUCCCUGAUUAACACAGAAGAGCUGCAAGCUGAAGUGGAUGCCUUCAUGCAGGAGUACGAUAAGAAAGAAGCUGAGGAGAAACAGCGUGCAGAGGCUGAAGAUGGUGUACCUGAUGAAGAAGGCUGGAUCAAAGUGACCAGACAUGGAAAGCGGCCAGUCAUGCCACGAACACAGGCAGCAAGCCAGAAAAUCUUGGCACGUGAGAAAAAGAAGAGAGCAAAGAAAGAGCUGCUGAACUUCUAUGCCUGGCAGCACAGAGAGACCAAGCGAGAACAUAUCGCUGAGCUGCGGAAGAAAUUUGAGGAAGACAAGCAGCGGAUUGCAUUAAUGCGUGCCCAGAGGAAGUUUCGGCCAUAUUAGCAGAACUGAUCAAGUUAACAUGGCAACCUUCAGCCGGUACUGAAGAACCCUUUCUGAGGAUCAGAAAUAGGAUCUGCCUAAAUAGGAUUUUCAGUCCUUUAAAGGCAAACUUCAGAUGUCAUUUUGAACCGCAAAAGCCAUAUUUUUAUUGAUACUGACCAGCUGCAAGGCCCUGAAAAUCUUAAAAGCAGAAGUCUGUAGUUGGAGUCUGCCUAAGGCACAAUGAGCACAUACAAACUGCUAUGCCACAAUUUCUAAGUGGUUUUUAAAACACUGUAGUAGUUUAAAGCAGAAACCAUAACCUUACCUUUACAAUCGUUUUUUUUUUUCAACUGAAUAAAAAAGGAAAACCUUUUAUAACAGUACAGAUUUUUGUAAGUUUGCAUUGAAAUGAUUGUGCUAUGGAUGGAAAACCAUUGCUUUUUUGAGCUUGUGAUGAAGAUGAGUUUUAUAAACGAGAGGAGAACAUUCCCUUCAUGAAGCUCGUUUGGUUAUUUGAUAGUUAAGCUGACCGGCGUGACAUCUCAUCCAGGCACUUUUUAGAAAGCCUUCUGCUUCAUCUCCAUGUCUGUCCUUAAUGUAAAGAGGUACUUUGUGGCUUCAGUUUUAAAUGCACUGUGUGCUUCUUUAUUAACUGGAAGAACUCAGCUGUGUCAAUUCAUGGAUACCUUUUGAAAUUUUGAAAACUGGAUUGGGUCUCUUGUGCACCUUCUCUGAGUUUCUCAGAGUAGGAUACGAUCAUCUGUUAAGGUAACUUAGUUGCGUUUGUGUACAGCAUUUUUUUUGUAGAGAUGUCAAUAAGACUACUGGAAGAAUUCCAGAUACAGUCUGAGGAGAACAUCAGUUUCUUUCCAUUCAAAAAUGUUUACAAAACAAACUACAGUAAAAAUGCAGACUGUACCCCCAAAUGAAUUUUAGAGAUUGGUUUCUCUUGGUCUCUCUUCAGUUGAUAAUUAGCGUUCUCGGAGUGUAGCACUCUGCACAUGUCUAAACUAAACUGCAGGUUUCCAAGUCUCCACUCAGUUUUGAAGACUGGCCAAGUCUUUUUGUAUUAUUUUUGCUGUCUGAUCAGUACUCGGUACCCCCUAAUAUGAAUUAGAAAGACUGAGUCCUAGCACAGACCCCCGAGGCACUCAACUGAUAACUUCAAGACCCUGUGUAGCAUUUUCUACUUACCUAUAGUGUUUAUCUUAGGCUUGUUAACCAGCUUGAAAUCCAUUUUUAUUUAAGUUACCUUUGAUGUCAGAGCCUCCUUAUUGAAGGAUUAAUGAUCAGUUUGGAACUGUAUCAAAGGGUUUUUGAAAGUCUAAGUAAAAUUUGUAAUUGGAUAUAUUUGUUAUUCCA